AUGACGCCGCGUCGGCCUGCGUACUUAUUAUCCGCGCGUCCCCAAGUUGCGCCUUUUUCUUCUGUUUAUUAUGGUCAUUGGGCGGUCGGGACGGUUAUACCUCCCCCCUGUUGUUGCGGACUCCCCCGAUCGCCUGUCGUGCACGCUGCUCACUUGCUUGCUUGCUUACUUACUUGUAUGUAUACGGUGUAG